AUGCAAUUGAAGAACUUGGUAAUUGCUGCUGCUUUGGCUGCUAGUGUAGAAGCUUGGUCUCCUACUAACAGUUAUGUUCCAGGAAAUGUUACCUGUGACGACGAUAUUAAGUUAAUUAGAGAAGCUUCGAAGACUUUGUCUGAUAAUGAAACAUCAUGGUUGCAAAAGCGUGACCCUAUUGCUUCAGAAGCUCUAUUGUCAUUUGUUCAACGUGCAAUGGCUAAUAUUUCAUCUGCAGAUGAUUUAGCUAAACAAAUUUUUUCAAAUUCUUCCUCUGCUCCAAAGAUUGGUAUUGCUGCCUCAGGUGGUGGUUAUCGUGCAAUGUUAAGUGGUGCAGGUAUGAUUGCUGCUAUGGAUAAUAGAACUGACGGUGCUAAUGAACAUGGUCUUGGUGGUUUAUUACAAGGUGCUACUUAUUUGGCAGGUCUUUCUGGUGGUAACUGGUUAACAGGAACACUUGCUUGGAAUAAUUGGACUUCUGUUCAAGAUAUUUUGAAUGGAUUUUAUAAUGAUUCAGACACUCAAAUUUGGGAUUUAGAACAUUCUAUUGUCACUCCAGGUGGUAUCAAUGUCUUUAAGACAGGAUCUAGAUGGGAUCACAUCUCAGAUGCAGUUCAGGCUAAACAGGAUGCAGGUUUCAAUAUCUCCCUUGCUGAUGUUUGGGGUCGUGCUCUAGCUUAUAACUUCUUCCCAUCCUUAUAUAGAGGUGGUGUUGGUUAUACUUGGUCCACUCUAAGAGAUGCAGAUGUCUUUAAGAAUGGUGAAAUGCCAUUCCCAAUCUCUGUCGCUGAUGGUAGAUAUCCGGGUACUACUGUUAUUAACUUAAAUGCUACUGUCUUUGAAUUUAAUCCAUUCGAAAUGGGUUCUUGGGAUCCAACUUUAAAUAGUUUUACUGAUGUUAAAUAUUUAGGUACCAAUGUCACUAAUGGUUCUCCAGUUAAUGAAGGUAAAUGUAUCGCCGGUUUCGAUAAUACAGGUUUCGUCAUGGGUACUUCUUCGACUUUGUUUAAUCAGUUUUUGCUACAACUGAACACUACAGGUUUACCAUCUUUCAUUCAAUCUUUAGCUAAACAUUUCUUAAACGAUUUAUCUGACGAUUAUAAUGAUAUUGCUAUCUAUGCACCAAAUCCAUUUAGGGAUGCUGAUACUAUUGCAUCUAAUUACUCUCAAAGUAUUGCUGAAUCUGAAUAUUUAUUCUUAGUCGAUGGUGGUGAAGAUCUUGAAAAUAUCCCAUUAGUUCCUUUAAUUCAAAAACAAAGAGAUCUAGAUGUCAUCUUUGCUUUAGAUAAUUCUGCUGACACUAAUGCUUCUUGGCCGGAUGGUACUUCUUUGGUAAGCACUUAUCAAAGACAAUAUGGUCUACAAGGUCAAGGUAUGGCUUUCCCAUAUGUUCCUGAUGAAAAUACUUUUAUUAACUUAGGUUUAAACACUAGACCAACUUUCUUUGGUUGUGAUGCAUCCAAUAUGACUGAUCUAGAAUAUAUCCCACCAUUGGUUGUUUAUAUUCCAAAUUCUUAUCAUUCUUACAAUGGUAAUCAAAGUACCUUCAAAUUAUCAUACUCUACAGAUGAAAGAAUCGGUGUCAUUCAAAAUGGUUUCGAAGCUGCCACUAGAGGUAAUUUAACUGAUGAUAGUGACUAUCUAGGUUGUAUUGGUUGUGCUAUCUUAAGACGUAAGCAACAAUCUUUGAAUGCUACUUUACCAUCUGAAUGUGAACAAUGUUUCAGCAACUAUUGUUGGAAUGGUACUCUUGCUAGUACCCCAGUUAAUGGUACCGACGCCAAGGCUUCAACCACUGAUAUUGCUGCUGCCAUGACAAGUGCAGCUGGUGAUUCAUCUUCAUCUGGUACUGCCACUGAAUCUACCUCUUCAACAACGACCUCAAAUACUAAGUCUUCCAAGUCUAAAAAUGCUGCCAAUGUACUAAACGCACAAAACAUUGGUCUAUUCUCACUAAUCUCUGCUUUGAUGAAUUUCCUAUAA